CAGAAAAUCGGUAUUUGCAGUCAUGCAAUCGAGAAAAAUUCCAGAAUUCUUCGUUCAGUCACCCGGCUUGCUCAGUAUUACAUUCUAACCGGUCCACGCCACCUCACACUCAGGCGGCGUACCAGACAGUUGUUCCCCGGGAGAAUCCGAGAAGAUUUAAAAGAAAUCCACGAUGCCCCUCGAUCUCUACUACCACCCUGUCUCCCCCUACUGCCGGUCGGUCCUCCUUACAGCCCGGGCAGUUGGGGUCGAUCUCAACCUGAAGAAGGUCGACCUGUUCAAUAAAGAACAGCUCAAGCCAGAAUUCGUUGCCAUCAACCCUCAGCACACGGUGCCCACGCUGGUCGAUGGGGACCUCACUUUGUGGGAAAGCCGUGUAAUCUGCACCUACUUGGUCAACAAGUAUGGCAAAGACGACUCUCUCUACCCGAAGGAUCCCAAGGCCAGAGCGAAGGUCGACGCCAUCCUGCAUUUUGACAUUGGCACUCUCGCCAAUCGAUGGGCACAACUUUUCCUACCCAUCAAGUCGGGCAAGGCCAAAAAGCCUUGCCAAGAACAUGUGGACAAAUUGCACGAAGCUCUGGAGUGGUUAGAUGGCUUCCUGAAGGGGGUCAAAUUUGCUGCCGGGACAGACCACGUGACAGUGGCCGAUCUCGUCUUGAUUUCGAACGUCUCCAGCUACCAGGCAGCCGGGUUCGUUGUCGAACACUACGUCAACAUCAACUCUUGGAUUGCAAAGUGCAAGCAAGCCAUGGAGGGUUACGAGGAACUCAACGGUGAGGGAGCCAAGAGCUUCGGUGAUUUCGUGAGGUCGAUGAUCAAAGACGAGUGAAGAAAUGAGGGUUCAGUGUCGGGGGAAAAGAAGGAAAUGACCUGGGAAUUCAUAGCUGGUUGACGCGACAGCAGUUUCGAAAACACCAUCGACGCGGUGCCAAAUGCAGGAAAAAUGUUUUGUUACAAUAAUGGGAAACCAGUCAGGAGGGCAAAUUGUCAGGAAGACCUCGUCAUCAUGAAAAAAUGAUAAUGUUGAAGGUUUGAACUGUUAAUCAAGGUUAGCUUGCAUUUCUGUGGUAAAUUUCUUGAUGAUAGGAUAGGCUUCCGGUAAAUUUGGAAGGCAUAUCAAUGAAUAUUAUACUAUGCUUUUUACUUCUCUUCCACAAAGCGUAGAAAAACUUGCUAUAGCAUAGAAAAUGUGAUAAUCAAAGUAUCAAAUCUUUGUGCUUUCAGGUUAAAACUGGGUUAUUUUCUAAAUAAAUCUUAUUUUUAAAGACUA